AUGCUUACCCAUGAGCCUGAGCACGUCUGGAGGCCACACCUGGAAAACGCGUUCGGACCAUACGUUGACAAAGAGGAAGUUCAUCGAAACGUCAAAACGAUGUUGUCCCAAAAGCAUAUUCGUGUACUCGGGAGUAUAUACGAUACCACACCGGGCGCCGAUAAGGCUUCAGCAUCUAGUACUAUCGGAGAAGGAGUCCAAACAGUAUACAAACCAUUCUAUGAACAAAAGGACUUGAACGACAUGGCAGGAUCUAUCGUGCAUGAAGCCAGCCACAUUUUCUUGGGUACUGUGGACGAUUUUUCGGCAGACGGAAAAUUUACCCCAACAACCAAAGGUCAAAUGCAGAAGGGAAAACGGUAUUUUCCUGCCUACCAUAUGAUGAAUUCCUUCGACUACGUCAAAGAUAACGCGCCUCCUGGGGCGAUGCACCUUUGUGCGGACUCAUACAGACUUCUGACGCAUUCUGUCGCGAAUAAAAGUCUGACGAAGCUCACACACGAGGCAGAACAGUGGGUCAAAGCAGGCAGCUAUAAAACUGAUGUUGUCCAACCGGCACAUAUUCCAGCAGGAGGACACUCAAUGUAUGCCACCCCCCACGCACCUCACUGGCCUCCGGAAUCCCCACCAAGGAUACGAAUGCCAGAGCCCAAUUUCGCACCCAACAACCUGCCUCAGCAGUUUUACCCACCAAGCUAUCAACCCGGUUCUAGUGUUGCAGGCCCAUCGAGACUGCGUCCCCAGCCAGGAGGUUUUAAUCUUCCUUACGAUCCCUCCUACGGGCGACCACCAGCCAAUUAUAUCCCGCCAGGGGUUCCAGGGAUUCCUGCCCACCAACCUGUUGCAUUCCCUGUCAUAAGACCAGGGCUUCCUACCGUUCCUAACGCCGCUCCUGCCAAUAUUUAUUACGGCCCACCACCAGGGGCGUAUCCGCCGCCCGUGAACCCACAUCCCGGAUUUCAUCCGGCUUUGAUCGCGAAUCCGGUUAUCCCGCCCGACGGGUACAAUGCACCAGACCGGCCCCCAAAACGUUCGCACAAACGGAGGGUGACGAUGCCGGAGCCACGGCCUCUGACCCCAUAUCGUGGAGAGCAGCCACCCCCGCUGAUGCCGCAAGGAUACAUUGAUUUACCGCCUGAAGAUACAUAUAAUCAACACUACCCAUACACCAGCCAACCAGGACCGAGCAGUCAUCGCGACGGCAGGGACAGGCGUCCGUCCACCGGCCCAUCAGCACAAAGUAGUAUCAACCGGAAUUCACGGCAGAGGAAUCGCAGUACCGAUAGAUCUGGGCAGGCAGUGGAAAGUCAGCAACGUGGAACGGGCCCAGAAAUAUGGCACGAUAAAGCGCCAGCGCUACGCCAUACCCCCGGCGAUGCACUACGCCAGGGUGCGGCUCGAAGUGCAGGUCAAGACCGCAGAAUAUCCCACUUAUCGCUUGGACCACACCGAGAAGGUAUAGCUGCAGAACGCAAGGCAAAAUAUGGGACACAGGCGCGAAUUCAGGUUGGUCGCGAACGGUUGGCCGGACAGAAAUAUCCGACACAGAAGCCGAUCCUUUCCGCUGCUCAAAAACACCAGAUUAUAGCCACAGCAUCACGCAAACGCGGGGCGACGACUUCAUCAGCUAAACACAUUAAUUCUCUUGGUACCCGCAAACAGUCGAGCAGCGCGAGCCGAAAAGGCGCUCUUGGCAAUGUAAAAUCAUUGACAAGGUCGGGACGCAGGACUUCGAGAUUGGGGUCGUCGUUUUCCAGUUCCGAACCGCAAAAACCCAAGCAUCCCCCUAGUGCACUUCCCAUGUCUAGUUCGAGUCAACGAAAGUCCUACGCGCUGCCCUCAUCUCGCAUCCAUGGACUUCUCUCUCCACACGCGUCAAAAUUGUUGUCAUCUCGGCGGGGAAAGUCUUUAGUCCGUCAAACAGCAAAUUCCAAGGCUGUUCCUUCCGUCAAGGCUCAGCCCCAGCGUGGUCCUAGUUCAGCAGCUGCACGAAAAAUCUUGGGCAAUAGGAAGAAAGUUUCGUCGUUGGCCUCUCCUAAGGGUCUAAGAACCCCAUCUCCAGGUAUGCCUCGACAAAUGAAGCCAGAAACAAGGCCGAAGACCGCUCGUGCAGCGCGGAAAGCGGACGAGCAUGUGCAGGGUAGUCGAAAGAAGAGACCAAGCGCCUUGAAAUCUGCGAUUGGGCCGCAAGCCGUAGGGAAAACGAAGGAUCGCGCAAUGAGUUAUACGCACAACUAUAAGAGCAAGGAAAGGGACCAGGCCUUGAGGGGAAAAGGACGACAAGGUGGUAAAACGAGCCAGGUAAAUGCCAGUGUUCAGCGGUACCGAGGGCGUCCGGUCUUGCAUUCCACCGUCCCAUAUCAGGGCAGCCGGACGGAUAAAAUGCCGGAGAAGCAUGUCACCUUGAAAUCUGCGACUAGAAUGCGGAAAGGGCAGGCAGGAGAUCGCCCGACAUGCUCGACGCCGAAACCUAAGGACCGUAAAGGAGAGCGAAUGCAGGACAGAAAGGGACGGCAGGUUAAAGCAGCGAGCUCCGGGAGUGCCAGAAUCCAACGGAAUCAAAGGGGAAAGAUCUUGCAUCCUUCUAUCCCGCAUCACAGCAUGAAUACGAAGCACCGAAAUAGGCAGGAAAGAGGGAAGCGACUUGCUCCAACAUCGAAGCGUCCUGAGAGUCGUACGGCCGUCCCUCAUGCAAGCAGCGUCAAAUUACCAGCAGCUGGCACUCUAAUUGGAGACAAGGUCAAGAAGGCACCAGUCAUUCCACGAAAGAAGGAGAAUAAAUUGCAGCAUCCGGUGAAGGCGAAGGGGAGAAAGCACUGA